AUGACGCUAGAUAAGAUGGAUGAGAGUGAAUCGGCUUCUGCUGCGCAGUACCAUCGACAUCCAAAGAGAUUGAUUUUUGCACCGGGUGAUAUUGCUGCUCCCCCGGCGGAGGGUGCUGCUCCAUCGACGCAGAAAAUAAAUAUCAUGCCUGAAGACAUAACGGCCACAGGUCUGCCUAAACGCUUACUGGCAUCGUUGGACGAACCAAUCCCCUCCGGCGCUUCAACACCAGUCGCCAACGCGGCCGUCGUCUCGCACCCGUCUCGCGCGCACCAAUUCGGCACAAACCCGCCUCUUCUCUACUCCCAUCUACAUGCUAACCCACAGCACCAGUUCCAUACCUGGUUCAAAGAUGCAAGGCUUCCCGCUUCCUCUGCGCCGGAGACAUGUACUUUAGCUACUGUCAGCAUGCCCGCCGGCCGCCCGAGUGCACGUGUCGUGUAUUUAAAGGAACUCGACGAACGGGGAUGGGUCGUCUAUAGCAACUGGGGCAGCCGAGCUGGUAAAGGUGGACAGGUAUUUGGUAAUGACAGAGACGGAGACGAAGAGGCCAUGUCUCUAUUCGAUGGAUCUGAGCCCCGAUUGCAAGAAGGAAACAGAUGGGCUGCGUUGACGUUCCAUUGGCAGAGCGUUGAACGACAGGUUAGGAUUGAAGGGUUGAUUGAGCCGCUGUCCAAGGAAGAAAGUGAGACGUACUGGCGGGUUAGAGAGAGGGGAAGCCAGAUCGGUGCUUGGGCAAGUCAGCAGAGUAAACGGCUCUGGUCGAACGAUGGAGAAGGUGCUGGAGAAGGGAAUGAUGACGGUCGUUCCGUUCUUGAGAACCGAGUGAAGGAGAUGGAAGCUAGGUUUGCGGAUGUCAAGGAGAUACCAUUGCCGCCAUUUUGGGGCGGAGUUCGUCUUGUUCCUGAGUCAGUGGAGUUUUGGCAGGGGAGGAAGAGUAGGUUACACGAUCGAUUUAGGUAUGGGAGACUUCAUGGCCCAGAUGAGGUGGAUGGAAACGAGAAGACUUUCAAGUGGAAAGUUGAAAGAUUGUCUCCCUGA